AUGUCCCAUGUAGGUGGCGGUGCAGCCACCAACUUUCGCGUGGCGGUGCGCGUGCGCCCCCUCAAUGCCCGUGAAGCAAGCGCGCGCAGCCCAACCUGCGUCCUUCUUGAAUCAGAGAAGACACUCACCAUCAACAACCUCAACGCUGGGGAGCGGCCAAUCUCGUCAUCCACACCAACCGAACACCGCUUCGUCUAUGAUCGAGUCUUUGGACCCUCUGCAUCGCAGUCAGACCUCUACGCUACCGCUGUCCGCCCAAUCGUCUCCUCCGUGCUUCAGGGCUACAAUGGCUCGGUCAUUGCAUACGGACAAACUGGCACCGGCAAAACCUUUACGAUCGAGGGUGCUCUAGAAGGGGAGCAGCGUGGUGUUAUCCCUCGUGCUGUUCAGGACAUCUUCACUCAUAUUCAGUACUUGGUGCGCGUUUCCUAUCUCCAGAUUUACAACGAAAAAAUCUCGGACCUGCUACAGCCCAGCAGUGAUGCCAACUUGCGGAUCCGCGAGCGCGGCAAUGGCGAACCCUAUGGACUGAGUGAGCAUGUGGCCCGUCGAGCAGAGGACGUUUACAAGCUUCUUGCUGCUGGCAAGAAUCAACGCGUUACCAACAGCACCAGCAUGAACCGCGUCUCUUCCCGUAGCCAUGCCGUCUUUACCAUUGUUGUCGAACAUUCCAGCCAGCGCGCGGGCAAAGCCGGAGGCAAUGUCGUCACCAUUGGCAAGCUGCACCUCGUGGACUUGGCAGGCAGCGAGCGAUUCGAGGCCAGCUCCAACGAGAAGCACCAGAAGGAAACUGCCAACAUCAACACAUCCCUCUCCACCUUUGGCAAGGUGGUUUUAUCUCUGACCUCCAAGCAUCACCGCCAUGCCCCCUAUCGUGAUUCAAAGCUGACGCGCAUUCUGCAAAACACCCUGGGCGGAAACUGCAUGACCACGAUGAUCACUACCGUGACCCUGGCCGCCAUCAAUUAUUUGGAGAGCCUGGCCAGUCUCAAAUUUGCGAGUCGCGCUCAGCAUGUCAAGAACCACGCCAUUCUCAAUGAGGACAAGGACGAGCAGGCCCUGCUUUCUUCUUACAAGACUGAAAUCGAGCGGCUGAAGGCUCAGCUAGCCAAGGCGGAGCGCGUGCAACGUGAAAAGGAGGAGCUAGCAGCCAAAAUUGCAGAGAUGGAGGUUUGA